AUAUCACCGAGUUGAUCAUAGAUUCCAUAUGGAAAAAUUUUCCGGUACAAUUUAGUGCACAGGUUAUCCCCCUCCGAGUAUUCAUCCAGGAGAUCUUACGUAGGUCACGAACUUCAUGGUCGACCCUUCAAACCACCUUAUUCUAUCUCAUGAGGAUCAAGCCGGAAAUCACUUCGCUCGCAUUGAAUUAUGGAAAUGAUAGAAAUGGAAAAGCUUGUGAUCCGGCUACUUGCGGUCGUCGAAUGUUCCUCGCGUCACUUAUGGUGGCGUCCAAAUAUCUUCAGGAUCGCAAUUACGCCAACAAUGCCUGGUCGAAAAUUUCCGGUCUGCCCGUGCAAGAAAUUAAUGCCAUCGAGAGAAGAUUCCUAAAGUUAAUUGAUUAUAAUCUGUACAUAGGUGAAAGUAUUUUCAAGCAUUGGGUCAAUCUACUGUUGUCGCAUAUAAUUCAGAUCACAUCGGGAUCAGUUCCGUCGGAUGCACACCGAACUGAAGUGGAUCAAAAGACAGCAGCACAAUUCAAACAAACUUUAUGGAUGACACGUUCUCAAUCUUCCGAAUGUUCAGUUCGGGGAUAA